AUGCCAACCUUUCCUACCUUGAGUGAAGCUAAUAGAGAUGAUACUUAGAAAGGUCAAAAAGUGAAAAUUAAACGCAUAUAAUAUUAUGAAUAAAAUACAAAACUCAACCAAUUAAAUUUAACCUUACACCUAUUCCUCCAUUAACAAGAUCAGCAAAUUUUUCUUUACUUGGUGCUACCCAAUUCUUAAAGUACAUUCUCUUUGUUAUUCGAUAUUAGAAAGGAAGAGGAACUCCAUUAUAAUAAACCGAUUUGUGUUAGAUUGCUACUGAGGAUUCCUCUCAUACAAGCUAUCUCAAAUAUCAGAACCAAAUUGAUUAUGCCAAGAGAGGUAACAGCUCCCUAAUCGGAGAUAUUGGAAGGACAUUUCAGAGUAUUUAUAUGGCCUAAAGAGAUUAGGAUAAAUGGUUAUUACAUUUGUUGCGUACUUUAUUGUAGCAAUCUUAUCUGCGAUAUCACCAGUUAUUUCAUCUUUGAAAAAGACGAAAAGAAACCUUCAGAGAACAGCAUGGGUUAGUUUGUGAUUCUACAGUUAAUCUAUAUGCUUGCCAUUACAUUAAUCAAGCCAUAUUAAAUGUUUGAAUAGGCAAAAAUAUAUGCCAAGAUUCAAGGAGCCUUGCAAUACAGAGUCAUGUAGAAGUCACUAAGUUUUGCCAUGUCUCUUUCAAAGCACUACUCUUUUGGAGAAUUGCUAACCAUUCUAUAAGUGGAUAUUGUAUAGGCAUCCAAUUACUACAUUUACUUAUUCAGUCUAUGGACUUGCAUUCCUCAAUUGAUAGUUGGAGGAGUGAUCUUCUACGUUACCCUAAAGGAAAAUAGCAUAGUCCCUGCAACAGGGGCUGUUGUGUAAGUAUUGUUCGGAUUAAUUUUUGGCCAUUAUUAUGGAGUCAUUCAAAAAAGGUUUAUGGAAGCCAAAGAUUAGCGUAUUGAAUUGGUUGAUGAAUCACUACUCUAUGCUAAAUAGAUUAAACUAAAUUGCUUAGAAGAUUACUUUGAGAAUAGAGUGUAGAAGCAAAGGAAAACUGAACUGAAAUACUUAAGGCAGUAAGUUUGGAUGGUUAUCGCGAUCAAAUUAGUGAUGCUUAUAAUAAUGGUAUUGAGUUGGGAAAUAGCGUUUGUUGUUGCAUCCAAAGUCAAUUUUUAAAUUAUCAGUACAAUGAUGCAAAAUUACAUUAGCAUUGUAAUGACUUUGGACUCAUUGCCAACUCUAUUUAAGAAUUAUCAGAUGUCAUUAAAUUCCAUGAAUAGAAUUGAAACAUUCUUUAAGGACAAAGAUAUUAAGAUUCAUAGCCAAUCAAAUGAGGCCAGCAUUGAAUUUAAUAACGUGAGAACUGGGUGGAAAAAGUAAUAGAACGAAGAUACCAUCUAUGAACUAGACUAAUCAUAAACGGGCAUGCUUUAGAGAUAGGAAGAUAAGUCUUAAUUCAUAGUUGAACUUAAUAUGAAGGUCUUGCCAGGCUAAUUUGUUGCCAUUGUUGGCAGUUCCGGAUGCGGAAAGUCAACAAUUCUACGUUCAUUAUUGGGAGAAACCUAUAUUGAUAAUGGAAAUAUAUCAUAUCAUGGACAAAUCAGUGUGGCUUCAUAAGAACCGUGGAUUAUUAAUGAUAGCAUAAAGAAUAAUAUCACCUAUAUGGAUGUACUCAAUGAAGAGAAGUACAGAAAGGUGAUUGAAUGUUGUUGCUUACAAUAAGACAUAGAUGGUUUUAAAUAUCAAGACAAUACCAUACUGAUUGAAAAGGGAGAUAAUCUAUCAGGUGGAUAAUAGAAGAGAAUCAACUUAGCAAGAGCAGUAUACAAAGAUGCUGAUAUCUAUUUAUUUGAUGAUCCAUUAAGUGCUCUAGAUAUUAAGGUGAAGUACGAAAUUUAGCAAAAGUGUUUUGAAGGGUAUUUGAAAAAAAAGACCAGAAUUCUGUUUACUAAUUCAUUGGCUAAUUUGUAGAAUUGCGAUAUGAUUUAUAUAUUUGAGGAUGGCAAGAUGAUUAAUUCUGGUACUUUUGCUGAAUUAAAGAAUAUCAAGCAAUCCCAAAUUAUAAUCAACACACAAGAAAAUAAGGAGUUGUUGGAUAAGUAAUUUGAAGAGAAAGUAUAUAAGACGCCUUAACAUUAAGUAGAAACAUAAGCUACUCUAAUACAGGAAGAAGAUAGAAAUUAGGGUAAUGUGGACACUAAAAUAAUGAAAAAGAUCUUUGAGUUUCAAGGUAAGUCUAUGAUGGUAAUCAUCAUAAUAUUUUAUAUUGGUAUAGUAAUGGCAUGCCAAUUAUAUGGGAAUCAAAUAAUGGCUGACGAUUCUAUGUAUUAAUUACCAGAUGAGGAAUACAAAAGACUUGCCAUCAUUUACUAUCCUAUAAUCCAAAUUCCAGUGGUGAUUGCCAACAUAGUUAUAAUUUUGUACUUCCUUUUUCGGGGACUUAACACAUCUGAGUAAAUUCAUGUUGAUGUCAUAAAAAGUUUAUUAAAAGCAUCGUUUACUAAAUUUUACAACACAAUCUUGAUUGGAAGACUGAUAAACAGGUUGGGCAAAGAUAUUACAAACAUAGAUUAUAUGUUUCCCAAUGAGCUUUACAACCUCAUUUUCAAUAUCAUAUCCUUACUUUUGCCUUUGGUAGCAAGCAUCAUUUAUUUGAAUCCAGUGGCAUUACCUGUUCUGAUAGUGUUCUUCCUUAUUAUGAUAGCACUCACUGUCAUAUACUAUAAAUCACUUCGAGAAGUAAGCAGAAUGGAAGCCAUUUCGAAAAGUCCAAUCGUUUCAUUUUAUUAAUAGAUUCUACGUGGAAUCUUGUUUGUGAGAAGUUGUUUACCUCAUCAGGAGGUCAUAGAUCGUCAUUUAAAAAAUGUUGACUUGGAUUUGGGCAAUCAAAUAAAUUUAAAUGGAAUAUAAUAAUGGUAUUAAUCAAUUGCAGGUACUGUAACUAACAUAUUCUAAUCACUUCUUUUUAUUGUUUGUUUCUAUGCCGAAGGUUCCACUCCAUUUAUGACGUACUUGAUCUUAUUACAAAUGCAGAAUGUAUCGCAAUUAUUAUUAUUGGUGGCCAUUUCGUAUGGUAACAUCCUUAUCUAUUGUAUCUCUUUCGAAAGAUGUCUACAUUUAGCAAAUUAAAUUCCUUUAGAGGAGGAGGAGGUAUAGGAUUAAAUUCAGGAGGAGUUGCACCACUCGAAUUAUUUGAUAGAGAUGCAGAAUUGCAAUUUCUAAUAUCGACCAAGAACCAAAUAAGUAUUAAAAUAGUUGUCAUUGUAAGUGAAUACCGCUGAAAAAAUUGGUAUUGUGGGAAGAACUGGGGCUGGAAAAAGUUCGAUAAUAAUGGCAUUGACGUAGAUGUUAGAAUGUACUGAUGGGAAGUUCUUUGUUGAAGGUCAAAGUGUUAGACAAUUGAAAUUAUAGCAGUUGCGUUAAAAAUUCAGUGUGAUUCCAUAAGAACCCCUUAUUUUUAAGGGAACUCUUCAACAAAAUCUAGAUCCUUUAAAUUAGUAUGAUAUCAAAUAGAUUGAAUCUGUGGCUUAGAUUUGUUAAUUGUUUAAAAUAGAUGCACUUAAAAAGAAGGAAUUGCAAAGUGAGAUUCAAGUGUUUGGAUAGAAUUUGAGUGUGGGAGAAAAACAACUAAUCACGUUGGGUCGUUGUCUUUUAAACAAACGGAGUAUUGUUUUGGUAGAUGAAGCAACUGCAAAUAUUGAUAGCAAAACUGAAGAAAUGAUAAAAGAUAUAUUUGAUAAGCACUUCACUCAGUCUGCAAUGAUCAUGAUAGCACACAAAAUAACAACAAUAAUGAAUUGUGAUAAAAUUAUAGUUCUAUCAGAUGGAUGCAUCACGGAAUGCGAUACUCCCAGGAACCUCCUGCUCAACCCAGAUAGCGAAUUCAAGAAGAUAGUGGAUUUGAUCAAAUAGUCUGAACAACUAUGA